UAUCGACCUUUUCGAUAAUUAAGCCUUCAAAGAAAGCACGAUUUUGUCAUUGGCCGUGUUUUAUAAAAUUGCUUGAAAUGGGUAACUUUAUUAGCUCAAAUCAACAGGAAGAUAGUGAUAAUGAAUCGGUGCCAAGUUACCAUGGAAGAGGAUUUGUAAAUUUUCACAUGCAAGGUGGUGGUCGAAGUCUCGCCAAUUCUUAUAUGGAAUCAAAUGUUUGUGUUAUGGAAGACGUAAAUGACCACACAAUUGAGGAAUUGGAUACACUGGGCGGAAACCCAGACGAAGUUCCGGCAUUUGCACCUUUAUUCUCCCCAUUAGACGAUCUGGAAAUAAGAGUUGAAAUGUAUGAAUCUUCAUCGGACGAAGAUUCUUCAUCGGAUGAUGAGGAAUUCAGUGAUGCCCAGGAGACCACCUAGGAGUAUUCUGUUGGAAUAAAGAUAACAGUCGAAAAACGUACUUACAAAUCGAA